AUGAAAGCUUUCAUUUCUCCAACAGCGAUCCACAAGACGGUGACAAGUGAUACUUACUUCUCGAUCACAAUGGGCUCCGCAGGGCAGUAUUACACACUGGACAACGGGGUACCGUUACCAAGGAACGACACAGUCGAUCAAUUACUGACAGGGUCGGGCGGUGGAUAUGUGCUUCUCACCAGCACCCAACUUCUCGAGAAUUUGGCUCACUUCUCCAGGGAACGCAUUCCUGAAAGAGUGGUACAUGCCAAAGCUUCUGCUGCGAGAGGAUUCUAUGAGGUGACAGACGAUGUUUCAGACAUAACAGACGCAGAUUUCCUCAAUGGCAUCGGCAAGAAGACAGAAGUUCUCAUGCGAAUCCCUACUACUGGACCUGAAAAAGGGUCGGCAGACACAGUUCGCGACUUUCGAGGAUUCGCCAUUAAGUUCAAGACGAACGAAGGCAACCAGGACUGGGUGUUCAACAAUCAGCCCGUAUUCUUUGUCCGAGAUCCGGUCAAGUUCCCUUCUCUCAACCGAAGCCACAAGCGACACCCAGGCACAAAUUCAACAAAUGCGGACAUGUUCUGGGACUUUCAUGUCAACAACCAAGAGAGCGUGCACGCUCUGAUGUUCCUCUUUGGGGAUAGAGGUCUGCCAGCCUCGGUGAGAACAUUGAAUGGAUAUAGUGGCAACACGUACAAAUUUACCAAGGACAAUGGGUCUUCCUAUGUUUACGUCCGGGUCCAUUUUAUCUCCAACCAGGGAAUUCACUGGUUCACAAAUGCGGAAGGCGCAAAGUACGCAGGGACAGAGCCUGACAAGCAUAUGCUUGAUCUACAGGAUGCCAUCAACAGAGGCGACUACCCAUCUUGGGAUCUCCAUGUUCAAGUCAUACGUCCGGAAGAGAUUGAUAAGGCACCAGUUAACAUCUUCGACAUGACCAAGGUUUGGCCCAAGAAGCAGUUCCCUUUGCGCAAGCUGGGCAGAGUCACCCUCAACAAGAAUCCUGACAACUGGUUCGCGGAGGUGGAGCAAGCAGCCUUCUCACCGAGCAACAUGGUGCCUGGAAUUGCUCCCUCGCCAGAUCCAAUGCUACAGGCACGCAUGUUUGCAUAUCCAGACGCUCAACGGUAUCGACUGGGUGUCAACUAUCAAUAUUUACCUACAAACGCCCCAAAGAGUCAGGUUUAUUGUCCUAUCGAACGUGAUGGACGCAUGAAUUUCACAGGAAACUAUGGGAAAGACCCCAACUAUAUUGGGACCACUCUCAAUCCGGUCCAUUUCCUGGAAAAGUUGGGACCAAACAACCUCAACGACAAGCAGUCUCAGGCACCUCCACCGCAAAAGCAACUCAGUGGCGCGAACGCCAACUCCCUAGAUCAUGUCCAAGUGACUACACCAUCUCCAAUCUUCACUGUCGUGACUGACAAGGAUUUUGAACAAGCCACGGCACUUUGGCGGCUCAUGGAGAAGCAGGAUGGUGCCCAUGAUCGGUUUGUCGGUAACGCAGCGGCUCAUAUAGCGGACGUCACGAUUCCAGAUCUGCGGGAAAGGGCAUACGGUAUGGACGGCAUCUCUCUCUCUCUCCCCCUCCCUUUAUGUGAUCCCCCUCAUGACUCUGCAACACCGCUGACUGCUUAA